AUGUGUUUGCUGAGAAUACAGGAGAGAGAGAAGGAGCUUCAGGAGUUAAUAGAGGCUGUGGAGAAUCACAAGCGCUCUGCUCAGACAGCAGUGGAGGACAGUGAGAAGAUCUUCACUGAGAUGAUCCUCUCCAUUGAGAGAAGACGCUCUGAGGUGAGGCAGAUGAUCAGAGAUCAGGAGAAAGCUGCAGUGAGUCGAGCUGAAGAACGUCUGAAGAGACUGGAGCAGGAGAUCACAGAGCUGAAGAGGAGAGAUGCUGAUCUGGAGAAGCUCUCACAGACCGAUGACACCAUUCAUUUUGUUCAGAGUUUCCAGUCUCUUUUGGCACAGCCAGUAUCAUCAGAUUUACCCACAGUCACUAUCAGUCCUUUCCUCUCAUUUGAGGAGGUUGUGGAGUCUGUGUCUCGGCUGAGGGACAAAGUAGAAGACUUCUGUUGUGAGGAGUUUGAGAAGACAGCAAGUGGAGUGAAGGAAAUCCAGAUUAUUCCUCUUCCUGAACCUCAAAGCAGAAAGGACUUUCUACAGUAUUACUACAGGCUCACACUGGAUCCCAUGACAGCAAAUCAGCACCUCCACCUGUCUGAGAAGAACAGAGUGGUGAUCUGCAGUGAUAAAGCACAGACACUUCCGUACCAUCCUAAGAGGUUCAGCUAUUACCUGCAGGUUCUGUGUAGAGAGUGUGUGAGCGGACGCUGCUACUGGGAGGUGGACUGGAGAGGAUCUACAGGGGUUUCGGUAGCUGUGGCGUAUAAAAGCAUCAGCAGGAAGGGGAAAAGUAUCGAGUGUCUGUUGGGACAAAGCGAUCAGUCAUGGCGGCUGUUCUGCUCUCCCUCCGGUUACUCGUUCAGACACGGUAAAUCAGAAGCCGAGAUCCUGGCGCUGCCCAUCUCCUCUAGAGUAGGAGUGUAUGUGGAUCACAGGGCAGGAACUCUGUCCUUCUACAGCAUCUCUGAUACCAUGACCCUCAUCCACAGAGUCCAGACCACCUUCACUCAGCCGCUCUACGCUGGGUUUGUGAUUUGUUCGGGAUCAGUCGUUAAAUUGUGCAGCACAGACGAAGAACUGAAAUGA